ACCAGUAACGGUUACUGAGUAACCCCUUUAAGUUCGAUACCUGUUUAACAGCAAACAAUUGUAGUGUUUAGCAUUUGUAGUAUUCAGUUGCCGUUAUUUCGCAUAAGAGUGUUUGACUGAUAUUUUAAUAUAAAUUCUGUUUAGUUUAGUCUUGUACUGUAUAUUUCCUAAUCAGAAUGAAUUUGGCAACCACAUGUAGGUUAGGUUGUACACAAAUAAAUAAUAUUUACAAGUUCGGUGGUUGCGUGAGUCGCGGUGCAAAAACAGUUGAAAAUUAUAAAAUUUAUUGGAAACGACCAAAAAGGGUGCCUGAGUAUCAUCCUCUUAAAAGUGGCGAUCGUGAUGGAGUGCCUGUAUCUGUAAAACCGUUCGAAACACGAUUUUAUUAUGAAAAUUCGAAAGAAUGGGAAGGUGCGAGCGAUAUAGUCAAAAAGAUAUUUUCCUUGGAGUUUCAACCAGCAAGAGAGACUAGAAAUGUGCUGAGAGAGAAGACAAUGGGACUAGUAAAGAGGCAUGCUUCUGAUCGGGGUUCUUCAGAAUCUCACAUUGCUGCAAUGACAAGUGAAAUACAGUACGUCUUCAAACAUUUUGAAAGGAAUCCAAGGGAUAAGAAAGGAAAAGUAUUUAUAAAGGAGUUGGUUGACAGAAGGAACAUGUACCUUAAAUAUCUGCGUAAAUGGGAUUACAGGCGAUUCGAAUGGAUCCUUGAACGUCUGAAUCUUGUUUACAAACCACAGCCAGAGGUACCGGGUAUGGUAUCGAGGAGAGAAUCAAUCACUAGAUUGACAGAAGAAUAUUGCAACAAUAUCAUUCAAAACAAGCGGAAUGCGUACCAGGAUGAGUUGAAAGUCCAGAAAAAGGAGUUUUACCGUGAAAAAGCUGAACUGUUAGAGUUUAUCUUAAAGGAAGAGAGCGAGUGCGGUGUGACACCAACGGUCACGGAGGAGGAAAUUGAAGCUACACGAAAAUUAGCAGAAUAAUAUUCACAAAACGCAUGUAUAGUAGGUUAAAUAAAUAUAAGUUCAAUUGUUAUUCAGUUUUGUGAUUAUUUUACCGUCAAGGAGAAAUUUCUUAAGAAUUCGCAGCGUCUUAUAGCGUCAUCUAGUGUCCAGAAUGUAGUACUAACUGACUAAUAGCUUGAGAGUUUCACCGUAGAUAGCGCCAGAGGAGUUGUCC